GCAACACUUUUCCAUCACAUCAGUACAUCAGCUUAGUUCAGUCUGCGUGUCAACCUUUACAGUGCUGGUUGGUUUAUUUGGUUCUGGUUGUCUUUUGCGGAGUGAAUUCUAGCUCUCGGUGGAGUAGACCGUUGAACCGAAAAACGGGAUUUGUCUUUUGCAUUAACGUUGUGUAUUCUUCUUUUUAUUAUUAUUAUUUUUUGAUGAUGUUUUUAUAUCUACCUAUAGUAUGGUUUUAUAAAAGAUAAACAUCUGUCAAAAUCUCUUAAAUGCCAAAUAGCUAACGAGUGAAUGAUCAAAUUACUUUCAUAUUGCUUUAAAAGAAUUUUCAUACCGACUAAAACGACGACGAAGACAUCCGAUGAAUGGAUUUAAAGUGUAGUUAAAGAAACGUCAAGGAUUAGGUGCCAUAAUAUGACAAUAAGGAUGUUUUGUGUUUUCCUUUUGAAAUAUUAAAAGCAAAAAAGGAUACGCAUGUUUCUAUUUCCAGUGUUAUUCGCUCUGGGUUACCAAAGACACCGUUCCUCGUCGUAUAUUGUAUCGGGGUUGUGCUUGAGCUAGUUGACAUUUGGCCAUCGUUUGAAGAUUUUUAUUUUUAGUACAUCGUAUAUUGCUGGGUUUUGUUGCUAAACCCAUUUUUGUGAUAAAAAUCAAUAACGAAAAAUAAAGGUACUGAGGAGGAGGACGAGGACAAGGAGUACUAGCAGAGCAGUAGCGGCAGUAGUCGCAGCAACGAUUCUCUGUUUCUCAUAUCGGAAUCGGAAAACGAAGCGUUCUGUGUUGUGUGUCUUCUGCUUAGAGUCCGUGUCCAUCAAGAAUAGCGCUUGGAUAAACCCAAAACGCCAUUCUAAGCAGGCCAUAGUCAAGUGUGUUUGGAUUUGGAUUUCAUAGAUAUGCUGACUGGAUUCAUAUCUAAUAGAAGUGAAGUAGGAAAGAAAUCGGAGACGCAGAGCACGGGAAAGUGAAUGAGACAUAGUAAGAUAGAAUACUUACCUACAAGUGCAGUUUUCGAAAUCGAUCUCUUCUGCUGCUACUGCAUAUCCAUACCUAUUCGGUCUCGGUCUCGACUCUCGACUCGACUCGACUUCGGAGCCGGAGUGUAGUGCGGUGAAAGUGUGAUUCCAGAGUUGAAUUGAAAUUGUUUCCUUUGCCAUUUUAUGUUGCCUAUGGUUUUUAACAAAACAAAAAUAAUAUAAAUUCACAUAAAUUAAACGUGAUAGUAUAGUAUAGUAUUUAAAAACAAAAAAACGAAAAAAAUAUUCAGAUACCCGAUAUAAUAUUAUCCUAUAAAUGUGACAUGAAUAAUUAAUUUCUACCUAUCUAUAUAAAAACAAAAUGAAUAAAUAAAAUAACUAUACCUACCUGCAUGUGAGAUCGGAGAUUAAUGCAACGAAACCGAAAGAGUGAAGAGAGUCAGUGGAUUUAAUGCGCUUUUAUCACAGAAUGACAGAUACUUCCAAUGAAACAUCAAACAAAUCAAUAAUAAAUUGUUUACAAUUUCGCACUCGAAAACUAUCGAAAUCAUCAAAAACAAUAAAGGAAAACGAAAAAUUUCCUCAACAUCAUAUUUCCAAUAAAAGAAGCAUCAAAACUUGGUAGCAAACAAAAAACCCUGCUACCAAGGACAUAUCCACACACAUCAAAAACAAAACUAUUGAGACUAAAUUUUAUUUCUAAAAAGACAAAAACCAACAUUAGGAUACAUAUCAAAUAAUCUUUUUACGAGUUUUAAAUACAACAAAAUUGAAACUAAGACCAAAACCACAAAUAUUUAAAAUACUAUCUCUACAUUCCUCCAUCAAACUGAAUUUAACGUAACAUCAUGAUGCUCAUGACGAUUGUGGGAUGUCAUCUUAUUCGUAAAUAAGCCAAAUUAUGUGAAUAAAAUACACAAAACCUUAAAAAACACUCGUAUAUUCUCUUUUUGGCGUUUGUCGAAAAAAGGCUUUAACUUAAUUUAAAAAUAAAACACAAUUUCUGUCUCGCAAAGUACACAAAUUGUGAACAGUAGAAAAAAAACGAACGACUCGAACCAGUGACACAAAAUUGCUACAACAAGGAGUCUCACUUAACAACUCCAACUGAAACAGGCACCAGCGAAAUAUGGCAUUCAUAUGGCGUCGUCGUUCAACGUCGAUUGUGAAAAUUGUCGCAAUUCUGACGGUAAUUUGGUUUACCAUUGCCUUCCUGCUCUACACAGAUGACACGAGACGCGCUUCCAAAUGGAAUGCAAUGUCCUUAGGAUUGAGGGGUGACAGUGGUGGUGGCGGAGGGGGAGGCGUCGGGGGUGUUCCGGGAGAAGCAGUUGGCGGUCGAGCUGCAGGUGGUGAUGAAUUUGACUACUUGGCUCGAGGAGGUGGUGGAGGUGCUGCCGCUGACGUUCCAAUUGCGGUUAACAGAAAUGGUGACAAAGCUCGAAUACCUCCCGUUGAGACUGUCAUUGACGCCAAUAAACGUGAUAUUAAUAAUGGAGACGAAUCUGUGAUCGAUAAUAUGGUAGUGCAGCCGCAUGAAAAAGGCUCAAUAAAACUGAAAAACCAUCAAGCUGGUGCAGCAGCAGCAGCGGCUGCGGCAGCAGAUAGUGCGGCAAAGAAGCUUCAAGUUGAUGACGGAAAAGGAGUUCUAAGUGCCCCUGGUGUAGUAGAAGAUGCUCCAGGUGAAAUGGGCAAGCCAGUUGUGCUGCCAACUAACUUAACUGAUGAAAUGAAGAAGACUGUCGACGAAGGCUGGACGAAUAAUGCUUUCAAUCAGUACGCGUCUGACCUCAUCUCGGUGCAUCGUAGCCUCCCUGACCCCAGAGAUGCAUGGUGUAAAGAGCCCGGUCGCUAUCUGAAGAAUCUACCUGCCACAGAUGUGAUUAUUUGUUUCCACAAUGAAGCGUGGUCGGUUCUGCUGCGUACAGUGCAUUCGGUAUUGGAUCGUUCGCCGGAACAUCUCAUUGGAAAUAUAAUACUUGUAGAUGACUUCUCUGAUAUGCCACACACAAAGACGCAGUUGGAAGAUUAUAUCAAGGCAUAUCCUAAAGUGAAGAUCAUUCGGGCGCCAAAGAGAGAAGGUUUGAUUCGUGCGAGACUACUUGGGGCAAGGUAUGCGGAGUCACCGGUGUUAACAUACUUGGAUUCACAUUGUGAAUGUGCCGAAGGAUGGUUGGAACCUCUGCUCGAUCGUAUUGCUAGAAAUUCAACAACUGUGGUCUGUCCGGUAAUCGAUGUAAUUGACGACACAACAAUGGAAUAUCAUUAUCAUGAUUCAGGAGGAGUUAAUGUUGGUGGUUUUGAUUGGAAUUUACAAUUUAAUUGGCAUGCUGUGCCUGAGAAAGAACGAAAACGUCAUAAUAACUCUGCUGAACCAGUUUAUUCACCAACAAUGGCAGGUGGUCUUUUUUCAAUUGAUCGUAAAUUCUUCGAACUUCUCGGAACAUAUGAUUCUGGUUUUGAUAUUUGGGGUGGAGAGAAUUUGGAACUAUCCUUCAAAACAUGGAUGUGUGGUGGGACAUUGGAGAUCAUACCAUGCUCACAUGUUGGACAUAUAUUCCGAAAGAGGUCGCCGUAUAAAUGGCGAUCUGGAGUUAAUGUUUUGAAGAAAAAUUCUGUAAGAUUGGCCGAGGUUUGGUUGGACGACUAUGCAAAGUAUUAUUACCAAAGGAUUGGUAAUGACAAAGGUGACUUUGGAGAUGUUUCAGGAAGAAAAGAAUUAAGGAAACGUUUAGGUUGCAAAAGUUUUAAAUGGUUUUUGGACAAUAUAUAUCCUGAACUUUUCAUUCCUGGUGAAUCGGUAGCAUAUGGUGAGAUGAGAAAUUUAGGUUAUGGCGGUCGCACUUGUUUGGAUUCUCCAGCUAGAAAGAAGGAUCUUAAAAAAGCUGUUGGCCUAUACCCUUGUCAUAAUCAAGGUGGCAAUCAGUACUUUAUGUUGAGUAAAACUGGUGAAAUACGUCGAGACGAAGCAUGUCUGGAUUAUGCUGGAAGUGAAGUGACGCUCUAUCCUUGUCACGGAUCGAAAGGAAAUCAGUUCUGGACUUAUAAAGCUGAAACAAGUCAACUGCGUCAUGGUUCAUCAGAUAAAUGCUUGGCAAUCAAUGAAAAGAAAGACAAAGUAAUAAUGGAAGAAUGUGAUGAAAAUCGAGCAUGGCAAAAAUGGCAUUUGGAAAAUUAUGAUCCAUCAAAAUUGUGAGGAUUUAUAUAUUAUGCAAAUAGCUCAAUAAUGAUUCCUACGCACAAAAUUUAGCCAUUUUGUCGCUUAGAGUGUAAAACAAUUGUAUUUAAAAUUAAAAUAAGUCAGUAAAAUGAUUUGUAAAUACGCCCCCAAAUUUAUAUAUAAGGAAAUUUUGCAUUUACAAAAAAAAAAAGAA